GUGUGACUUAUAUGGCACCCUGUUUACGAUCUGUGUUUGGUUAAUGGUACAUCGUACUUUCAGAUUAAGGAGCAGCAGUAAAGGGAUUAUGGGCAUACUGUGCACCAUUGAUCAUCAUUCUCGGCACAAUAGGAAACACCUUGUCUCUUCUCGUACUCACAAGGAAGAACAUGCGCAAGAACAUCUCCAGUAUUUAUCUCAGCGUCCUCGCUGUAGUGGAUACAACUGUGCUUUACACCGGCCUCCUGCGACAUUGGAUACGUCACAUAUCCGAUACAGAUAUACAGAGUAUCUCAAUUGGUGGAUGUAAAUUUCAUUUAUUCAUAGCUUACUUUUCCUUGGAUUUAUCUGCGUGGAUUUUAGUUGCGGUAACGUUUGAGAGGUUUGUUGCUGUUUACAUUCCCAACAAAGUUAGGAUAUACUGUACAGGAUUCACAACAUUUUUGACUGUUUGCGUCAUCUCUCUUGCUUUAUCUUUCAUUAACCAUCACUACUUCUGGACACUCGAAGACAUCAAAAUGAAUGAGCUUGGUGGUCUUGAAUGUGUUUACAAUGAAGAAGUUAAGGAUUUCAUGAUGUAUACAUGGCCAUGGAUUUACAAGUGUGUCGCCUUCUUUAUCCCACUCAUUAUCAUGCUUACAGGCAAUGUUCUCAUUAUUAUCAAGAUUUUGAAGCUGAGUUCGGAGAACGAAUCGAAGAUGACAUCCACAACGGCAAUGCUCCUCACAGUGAAUUUCGGGUUCAUUAUCUGCACAUCGCCUAUUGUUCUCUACGACAAUUUUAAGACGACGUGGUACCCGGAUGAUGAGAAAUCUACAAUUGCCAAGUCUGAUCUCCAUUAUGCUAUAUGUAGUUUACUUAUGUACACAAACAAUUCCAUAAACUUUCUUCUUUACUGCCUGGCUGGGCCUAAGUUCCGCAGAGAGCUGCGAAAUUUGUUUUCGAAGAGGAAGGAAAGUCAGGUCGCCCCAGCAUCCAACAUCCAAAGUUUGCCUGACGUUGAGACGUUGCCUGGCGGCCUGCUCUUUUGAAGACUUCCCAUGAAGGGGUUUCAUCAUACUUUCGGAGAUCAUGACAUAGAAAUAUUCCCGAAGUGUGGUUUACUUCCGAUCAAUGGAUUUUACCAUAUUUUCAAGGAUAGUGUAAUUAAAAAAAAAAUUCAGUGGGCUACUGUUAUCGGUAUGUGAUUUUAGUCAUAGUUAUACCCACCGCGCAGACAGGCGGACGGGUGAGCGAUUCCACAUGUUUACCAUUUGAACCAAAAAAUGAACUGUUUACGCAUGUGUACAGACUAUUAAAAUUGGUGGAUGCAUCAAAAUUUGUCAAUGCAAUGAAAUGGUCAUUUUUAUGCCUCUAUCCCAAAUGUAUUUGCUGUUCAAUAUUUUUUUCUUUAGUUGAUUUAUGUUUAAUGCUAGAAAACAAAUGUUUAUUAUUCCCGUAUAAAGCUCUAAUAGUAUUCAAAGAAUUGAAAUAAAAAUUAAAAGAUAUGGAAA